GGCCGGGCGUUGUUGGGCUUUUCUUGGAAAAUAUUAAUUUGGGCAGCGGAGGCAGAGUGUUUUACUCGGGGACGGUGGGCAUUAGUACGUCCGAGGCGCAUCUCGAGAGCCUGCCGUCUGCCUGCCCGACGAGCGAGGGAAGGGCCGAAGCGAAGGAGGGAGCGCGGUAAGGAGGGAAUUCUUGCAGCGGAGCAGAUCUGCGUCCGCGUUUGAUGCGAGCGCGCGAUGGCACAGUAGUGCGUGUGCUCGUGGGCGAGGAGCGGUCCAUCAAUCCGAGGCCGGGAGCGAGAGCAGGAGACGAGUCCGAGUAGUUGCUUUAAAGAUGGCCCAGAUAGGAGCUGUAGCGCUUUGUGCGGAGGCGCCACUACGCCGCACACGAAGCGGAGACGAAUGAUGUCCGUCGAUGAAUAGAUUUUGCAAUGCUGCUCUUUGAAAACAGCCUGGGAAGCGAACAACCGGCAGCUAGGAGGGGACCUUCAAUCAACCGAAGCAGGAUUUGCUCAGUGCAUCUGGUCCUUUACUCAGCUGUCGGUGAUAAAUUUUAGAUAUCUGAUCUGUAGAAUUUUCCCGACUGAAAAAAUCUCUGCAUCUAAACCUGCUCUAGAAACAGCGGAGCUUCCAUCUUCAACUACGCCGCAAGCUGUCGGUAGAUACUCUGUGGGCUACAAGUACAAUGCCUGGAGAGGCUCCGACUGCCGCCUGUGAUGAAGAGCUGCAGGAAAGACGCGAGAAGGAGAUGCGGUAUAAGAAAUGGUUGGAACAGGUUACAAUCAAUGCGGUAGAGCAAGCUUUGCGUAUUCAACUGGAUGAAUCUCAAAGACAACCUGAGACAGGGGAAGCGCAGGAUCUGCAGCCAUGUUCGUCUGCCACUGCUUUACCCAACCUCCCCCCGAUUCGCACUCAUUGCAUCCCGAAGACCUGGAGUCUAGAUCGGAACUCAGAAGAGCGACGAGCGGUGGCUGCAAGAAUAUACUCUUUGCUGGUAUUAUGGAAGCCGGACACGUCGUUCGAGUGGAGAGCGCGCGUCGCUUCUGCCGUACAUAUAUUUGAGAGGGCUCUGUACCAAGAAGCAAAGAGCAAAGAAGAGUAUUUGAAUCCUUUGAUGCUAGAUUUGCAAUUGAGACAAAUUCUACGACACUUUGAAGCUGGUACAGGCUCUUCUUUGUUGUGGAAGAUUGGGAGUCGAAGCUCUGGGGCUUUGACCAAAUCUGUUUCUUUUAAUUCGGGUUUGACAGAGGCAAGAAGAAGACCGAUUGCUCUGGGAGACCUUAUGAAGAUGCAUGAUGCAAGUCUAGAAGAUACAAACGUGCGUCCUCGUCCAGGAAUUAUACAGACGAUACACGAGGAUGAAGUCAGUACCAGGGAAGCUCCACUAAUGGAUCCAACGGAACUUCUCGAGCAGUUGAGAGAGGAAGCUGACACUACACAAAGAAUGAAUUUGCGUAGAGAGGAGGCAGACGGUGCUCUGUGGGAGGCGAUCUUGUGUGGGAACUGGAAAGACAUGCAAGACAGUUUGAACAAGUAUUGUGACUAUGCUAGCAAGAGAAUAGUUAAACGUGUGCAGGUGUUGAUGUCUAAAAGGAAACAAGAAGACGCAAAGAAAGUCGAAGUGGAGCUUCUGAACGCAAUGAAUGAGCGCAGUGCAGAGAAGCUGGCUGUUGUCCUUUGGCGGGCAAGGUCGGAAUUUGGAGAGGAAUUGAAGAAUUUGUGUGCCGAUGCGGCAGCCGUGCUGGAGAGGUUGAUACUAGAGAUCAGGUCCGACGGUUCUGGAGAAUCUAGUAGUCUCGAUGCCCUUCCAGGCAGGGCAGUAGAGAGUAGAAGGGUAGUCGAGAAUGUAGAUAGCGGGUCUAUGGCCCAACCGUACACUUCUCCUCCUCUUGAGCGAAGGCAGAACCCGAGACUGGGUCGGAGUGUCACAUUCUCCUUUCACGAAUCGUCGCAGUCUCGAACAGUUGAAGGAGCUAGUAGCGGGGUUAGAUUAGAACCCGCGCACCGUAUUGAACAGGGCAGGGCAGUUGAAUCUGACAGGUCCAGGUUUUCCUCGUCUCUUCCAGAAAGAUCCCCGGACGUACUGUAUGUCCAACGAUUGGCUCAUGCAAGGAAUUUACAGAGAAGAGAACGCAGACACCUAGGGUCGUUACUGGAAGAAGCUCGAGAAGAUCCUGCAUGGUCACCUCCUGGAAGAAGUGCAGUCUCCGAUGUACAGGGCUCCUCUUCGGCCUCGUCUAGAGAUCAGUAUGUUGGUGAAAGAGUUGGUGGAAACUCUUCAGUUCAAAGUGAUAUACCCGACCAGUCCGCAGAGCCAUCAACUGCAUCCGCUGUAGAGUCAUCUUCUUUACCCUCCUCGGACGGUCCUAGGAUCUCCUUGAUGUCACUGCUUCAUCAAGAAGGGGACCCAGAAAGUAUGUUUCCCAAUAGGCGAAGAUUGAGUUUGGGAGUUAGAACGGAGACGUCGGAAGUUAGGGCAGAUUCUUCCAGAUUUGCAGAAGAGCUGAGCGAGGAAUUGGUAGACGGAGGGAUGGAUCCUAUCUGCUGUGUUUGUAUGGUGGGAAAGAAGGGAGCAGCAUUCAUACCUUGCGGUCACACGUUUUGUCGCAAUUGCACGAGAGAGCUGCGAAAGGGAAGAGGAACUUGUCCACUUUGCAACCGCAAAAUACAAGAUGUUCUCAUAAUUUACUGACCUAAGGAUAGGCCUGAAUAAAGGCAGGCUGGGGGUUUGAACCCGUGCCAUAUUGUUACCGCCGUUGUCAUAUUUAUGUUAGUAUCUUGCUUUUUUGGGACCUCUUCUUACUUCUUUAUUUGGCUAUCCAGUCGGACCUCUUGUGGAGAACAUUCCGCUUUAUUAAAUUCUCUAGGAUGAUUCAUGAAAAGUAUAACAGUGUAUAGUAAAGGUCAAUGAAUCAAACUACUUGGAGAAUGUGUUUUCCAACCUUUGACGAG